CUGCCCUCUCUUUUCUCAUCUUGAGACCUGAAUCUAAAACCCUAAACCCUGAACCAUGUUGGCGAGAAUACUCUUCUGUAAAACCCAUGGGAAGAUGAAGAUCUCGGCUUCUCCUUCUCUCCUCUGCAUCACCUCCCGUUUCCUCUGCACACCCACCACCCAAAAGGCCCGAUACCCCUACCCAGACCAGCCCAACUCCGCCUACUACGACGAUCUCGUCUCUGACGCCGGCCGUGCCCGAGAUUUCAAGACCCUUCACCACCUCCUCAACAAGCGUAACAAAGACGGAUGCUUCAACACCGGCAACACCUUCAAUUUCAUCACCAACUACGACGAUGACCUUUCCAUCCUCGACACCCUCACCGAAACAAUUUCCAAUCUCGACAAAGGCUUCGCCCGUAAGGGCGCCUUCGAUGCCCUCAUUGCCCGUCUUUGCAGAUUGAAUCAAAUUCAGAGAUCUCUGCGUAUCGUCGAGGUGAUGAUUCACGGCAAUCACGGCAUUAACGCCUGCACUUUCCACCCAAUCGUCAGCACCCUCACGAGAAAGAAGAAAAUGGAAGAAGCCCAUCGCGUCUUAGCUCUGAUGAGAGAGACUAGGAUCUCCCCAGACGUCGCCUCCUAUAACUACCUCCUCACGGCGUACUGCGUCAAGGGAGAUCUUUCGGCUGCGGUUGGAGUUUUGACGGAGAUUCGGGAGGAGAAAAUUGAAGCGGAUUCGAGGACUUACGAUGCAAUGGUGCUUGGAGCUUGUAAGGCAGGGAAGAUUGAAGGGGGUUUGGCGAUGUUGAGGAGGAUGGAGGAGGAAGGUGUACCUGCUUUGUAUUCGACGCAUGCUCAUGUUAUUAAUGGGUUGGUGAGGUUGGAGUACUUUGCUCAGGCAGUCGAGUUCGUGUUAAGCGUUGCAGGGAAGGAUAAGGCGUUGGAUGCUCAGAAUUUUGGGCAUCUGGGGAAGUAUUUGAUGAAGAGGAGGAGGUUUGAGGAAGCUAAGCUGAUUUUUGGGAAGAUGGAUAAGAGGGGGUUGGUGAUGGGGGAUAAAUUGAGAGAAGAUUAUCACAGUUUGAUGUGAUUCAUUAGUUAAUUCAUUAUUCCUUCUUGUAAUUUAUC